UGCAACUGUUAUUUAGGAUCUAUUAGCUGAAAUAAACACACACACACGCACACACACACACACACACACACACACGGAGAGGAAUGCGCACCUGCACGCAUAGAAAAGUUUCUGGAUUAGGGCAGAAUUAACACAAAGCAGCGACGCCACUCCAGCUACACUCGCAAAAACAACGCAGGAGGAGCAGCACGAGGGGGGACCGGGACACUCGAGCGAACGCCACCUCAGAAAACUUCAGACUGUGACAGCCAGAGGCGGACGAGUCCAUCCAGCGAGAGAGAGAGAGAGAGAGAGAGAGAGAGAGAGAGUGGGGCAGAGAGGCAGGGGAUCUUUGCCGACAAGGUCCAGAAGGAUGGAAGAGAAGCAGUUUGCCGGGAUCCUGAACGGAGCAGUUCCAGGCGAGCCGGUGAAGAAGGAUGAAAACUCCCGGAGAGGGAACUGGGGCAACCAGAUUGAGUUUGUCCUCACCAGCGUGGGCUACGCUGUGGGCCUGGGCAACGUCUGGAGGUUUCCCUACCUCUGCUACAGAAAUGGAGGAGGUGCCUUCAUGUUACCGUAUUUCAUCAUGCUGGUGUUCUGCGGCAUUCCCCUCUUCUUCCUCGAGCUGUCUUUCGGUCAGUUCGCCAGCCAGGGAUGUCUGGGUGUUUGGAAGAUCAGUCCCAUGUUCAAAGGUGUGGGCUACGGCAUGAUGGUGGUGUCCACCUACAUCGGAAUCUAUUACAACGUGGUCAUCUGCAUCGCCUUCUACUACUUCUUCAUGUCCAUGACAAACCUGCUGCCGUGGACAUACUGCAACAACCCCUGGAACACAGCGGACUGCAGCGGGGUGCUGGAGAACAGCCGGCACCUCAACGCCAGCCUGGCUAACGCUACAACGAGCCUGGUAGCAGGAGUUACUGAGGUGGUGAACCGCACCAAGAGAACCAGCCCCAGUGAGGAGUACUGGAAACAUUAUGUGUUGAACAUCUCUGAUGGUAUCGGGAACUUUGGAGAGGUGCGUCUUCCCAUCCUGGGCUGCCUGGCCAUUUCCUGGUUUGUUGUCUUCCUCUGUCUCAUCCGGGGCGUUAAAUCCUCUGGAAAGGUUGUGUACUUCACAGCCACAUUCCCGUAUGUGGUGUUGACCAUCCUCUUCAUCCGUGGCAUCACCCUGGACGGAGCCGUCAACGGUAUCAUGUACUACCUGACUCCCCAGUGGCAGAAGGUCCUCGAUGCAAAGGUGUGGGGAGACGCAGCGUCGCAGAUCUUCUACUCUCUGGGCUGUGCCUGGGGCGGUCUCAUCACUAUGGCUUCCUAUAACAAGUUCCACAACAACUGCUUCAGAGACAGCAUCAUCAUCUCUAUUACCAACUGUGCGACCAGCGUGUAUGCAGGCUUCGUCAUUUUCUCUAUCCUGGGCUUCAUGGCGCACAACCUGAACGCCGUGUCGGAGGUGGCUGACCACGGCCCGGGCCUGGCCUUCGUUGCUUACCCAGAAGCCCUCACUCUGCUCCCUAUCUCUCCGCUCUGGUCGCUGCUCUUCUUCUUUAUGCUCAUCCUGCUUGGACUGGGCACUCAGUUCUGUCUACUGGAGACUCUGGUAACAGCCGUGGUCGACGAGAUUGGAACAGACUGGAUCAUGCGGAACAAAACUGUUGUUACACUGUCAGUGGCUGUAAUCGGAUUCUUACUGGGAGUGCCGCUAACUACACAAGCAGGAAUCUAUUGGUUGCUUCUGAUGGACAACUAUGCUGCUAGUUUCUCUUUGGUCAUCAUCUCCUGCAUUAUGUGCAUCUGCAUCAUGUACAUUUACGGCCACAAGCGCUACUUUAAAGAUGUGGAGAUGAUGCUGGGUUUCCCUCCUCCUCUUUUCUUCAAAGUGUGCUGGAGAUUCAUCUCCCCCGUCAUUAUCUCUUUCAUCCUGAUCUUCACAGUGAUCCAGUACAAGCCCAUCACUUACAAUGACUAUGUGUACCCCGGCUGGUCCCUGGGUAUCGGCUUCUGCAUGGCUAUGUCCUCAGUGCUCUGCAUACCCAUCUAUGCCCUCUACAAGAUCUCCAGGUCCCCAGGAGCCACUUUCAGAGAGCGGUUGAAGAACGCUUGCAAACCCCAUGCAAAGUGGGGCCCCGCCCUGCAGGAGCACCGGACAGGCCACUACGCCCCCAUGGCCUCUGAAGACACAGUGGAGGCUCGUCCCCUAAAGGAGAAAGAGGAGCUGAAGGAAGAGCAGAAGGAGGAAGAGAAGGAGACAGAAAAGGAGAAGGAGAGGAAGGAUGAAAUCAGCCUCACCAUCCAGGGAAGCAACGGCUCCACCAACACACACAACAACCCCAACCCCAGCGCAUAGACGGCACCCUGCUCCCGUCAGCGCCACCAUCUCCUUCUUCUCCCCCCUUCCCACUCCUCCAUCCUUACCCCACUUUCCCACAGUCCUCUGUGGGGGAGAUCCCAUUCGCUGGAGACCUUUACAUAUUGUAAGGGCUUAUUAUAUCUAUCCUAACCUCUUCUAUCUAUCUGCGUGUUGUCUCUAGAGAAAGGAAGAAAAAAAAAAAGAAAGGAAGAAAAAAUUGGGUCAUCAUCCAAAAGAUUUGUGUGUCUGUCAGUGUGUGCGUGUGGGUGGGUUGUUAAUUUGUUACACAUAAUUUAAUAAUGCAGUUUGUUUUUCCUUUCCUAUUUUUUUUGUAAAACUUGUACAUGUCAUCUUCAUAUGCAGUUAGAGGUACAGUAGAUUUUGACGCUGCAUGUGUUUGUUUUGUGCAUGCAGCAGCAACAUAGAGACACACGCUGUUCUCCUUUAUUCAGUUAGAUGGGUGUGUUUGGAGUCGGCGACUUUCUACCAGCAGUCCUUGACAGCUGGAGACUUGUAACGAUGGGAGGUGCUGGUAAACUGUGCCUGUACUGGUCGUUUACAGUGUGACGAUGCUGACAGAUAAAAAGGAGAAAAAAAAGGCCAGAAAAAGAGGCGGAUAAACUCAUUCACACUCAAACACUCACACUAUUGUACAUUUUACAGCACACAGUGACCUCAACCAUAGUUGAUCUCAGCUUAAGACUAAGCUUGUUGUUGUUUUUAUGCUGCUUCCUUCUUAAAAUCGUUCUACAGAGCACAAAUAUUUAACAAACACCCGAGAUGGUAACUGACACUUAAGGCUGAUCAUCUGUGGAAAUCUCAUUUGUAACUUUUCCACUAAAGCUGCUUCAACUUUGAAAUGUCACUGGAGAGUACUGUACCGUCUUCUUCUGCAUUCACACAGACACACAGCGCAUUUGUUUCCUAUCUUUUGACAGAAGAGAUCCCAGCGCCCAUUUCUCAGGGUCCAAUCGAAGAUUAACUUUGUGGUUUGUUCCUCGCCUGUGGAAACCUUGUCUCCACCAAGGUAGCCUGUUACAAAUAUAGGGACUGAAACCACCUAACUUUCUUCUAUAAGCACCCACACAUACGCAGGAAACCGGUGGAUGCAACUCUGUACAUAGAAGUGCCAUCUCUUCUUAAGUCUUCCAGGCAUUCUUUUUUGAGUGAAAUGCAUCUUGGGAUAGGGUCUUAUGAAGGAGGAAAGUAGCAGGUGAAAGGAUCAUAGGUGUGUCGUAGUCUGUGUCUCCCUGUGGGUCGUAGCAAUCUGCCCCAUUAUGGCAUGUUACCAAAAACAUAACCUGAGUUACCUGAGUCCUGCACAUGUUUUUGGUAACAUUUAUACUGUUUAUCUCGGACUGGUUUGGUGUCAGUCAGUGGAACCUUUAAUGUAUUUACAGGCAUUUAUCUUAAAGCUCUGAGCCAAGCUGUGACUGGUGGAGAGACAGGAAGCAGAGAGAGAGAGAGAUGUAGCUUGUUUCCAGAAGAAUAAAAUCAUUUUAAGUGAAUAAUGUAGUUUUAAAUGUAGCUGUAUAGUAUUGUUCUCUCAGUAUAAUUCACCUUUUUACCUCUCAUUAUUGUAAAGUAACUUAGUAAAUAAUUAUAAAGACAGAAUAUGUUUAUUUUGUACAAAAACAUAAAAACUACAGAAUCAUAAUUAACCAUGUUUACCAUUCCUCAUCUGUGACUUGACUUGUUGCUGUUGUGUAGGAGGGUGUGACAGGACAGAGAGGGGCUCUUUAGCAUGCAGGGUUGGGUUUUUCCACAAGUGUCUGACUGGAGAGCAUCCAGGACAUUUGUAGCAGUGUGCUGGCAGUCUAAAACAGAACAAAUACAUGAAGAGAGUUUUGUUAUGUUGUCAUCUAGACAGCUGUGUGAUCACAUGCUUCUUUGUCUGCUCAGGUGGUAGAGAGAUGAUGUUAGCUUCGCAGGCAGGGAGGAUUUUUUUGUGUGGAUUGCAUCAGGAUUGGCUUUGGUGUUUGUUCACUUUGUAGUUUCAUUUUUGUUUUGUUUCUGAGCUGAUUAAACAGGAAUCAAAUUGAGAAGAUAAUACCAGUAUGAGCAUGGAACAUAUUCAGAUGAUAUACAAAAUCAAAUAUAACAAACAUACUGCAAAACAUACAGCAAACGUAUUUGUUGUCACUACACUCUUUACAUCCUCACUGAGAGAUGAGAAGAUUGAUACCACUUUUGUGUCUUUACUAUAAAUAUGAAGCUGGAGACAACACCACAUGGUUAGCUUAGUUUAGAAAAAAUACUUGUGAGAGGUGGGCUGUUUAAUCUACGAGCACCUUACAAAUGAUCAUGUAUUGUUUCGCAUCUUGUUUAUUUAAUAUUCAUAAACUCAUGUGCUGCUUGCCCACUGAAUGGUCCCGGCCAACUUUGUGUAAAUCAGCAAAUUGUCGUUUGACAUGAAGCUUUUGUGGUGCUGGUAGAUGGAUUGUUUAAACCUAGGACAGAGUCAGAUUUGCUGUUGUCCUGUUUCUAGCUGUAAUGCUAAAUUAAGCUAACAAGCGGUUGGUAGGUUGAUUGGUGUACCUUUGAAAGACAGAGCCAGGCUAGCUUAGUUUCCAGUCUUAUUGCUAAGCUAAACUAACCAGGUACAGGCCCUGCCAGCCUGGUAGGUUGCUUGUUUUACAGAGCUAGACUAGCCACCUGUUUCCAGUCUUAAUGCUAAACUAAGCUAGCCAGAUACUGGCCGAGGUCAAAUAUGUUACUUUUUGACAUAGUCAGGUUUGCUGAUUGUUUUCAGUCUUAACCCAAUGAUAAGCUUGACUAAACUAAGCAACUGCUAGCUACAGUUUCAUAUACUGCAGACAUGGCAGUAGUAUCAAAUCUUCUCGUCUUAAAGGAAGCUAGCUUCCACAUUUUUUGAACUUCUCUUUUGUAAACAGUAAUAUUUUCUCAUGCUUGUCAGGCUUUUAGCCUUAUUCUGAAACGUUUACGCACAAUUUAAGCUCUGCACAUUCUCUCUUCUCUUUCUAUUCACCCACAAUCAUGUUUUAAGAAGAGGAAUUUAAGAAACUGAAUUCAAGAUUAACAUGCAGUUGCUCCACUCAUCCACUAGAUGGGGUGAUGCUGAGACUCAGGGUAGUAAAGGCACAAUAGUGGUUUAGCUGUGAACUGAAUUUAAAAAGGCCCAUAGACACAAGUCUCCCUGUGGCUUACACUGUUAAAAGUAUCAAACUUGAGGUCAAUGAUAAGCACAGAGGCUACAAUAAAAUAAAACAAUUCAUGAGACGCACAGUGAGAGUAUUCUGAAACAAGCACACAGUUUUUAACAAACUCUUUUUAAAGGAAGGCGAUCACAUUUUAGGUUCAUAUAUUUGAUUUUAGGCGGAGACUUGUAGGUUUGGUUGCUAGUAAGUGAUCUGUUUAAACUGUUUUCAUUCAUAUCUCUUCACAAAUCAUGACAAGUUUUGUAGUAGCAUUCAUUUGUGAUUAAAUGACUGCAAAACCAGGUGCUCUAUGAAACAAAACAUUAUCAUUAUACAUAAUCUAAGUGUAUUGCAUUCCUUCCUGAGAGUAGAAUUUUUCCACCUGAGGAACGUUACACUUUUAAAAUGAGGUUUUAUUUGAUAUUGAACGUAUUAUUCUCAGUGUUUAAGCGACCGGUCAUAGCACAGACUGUCUCCUGUUUGUGAUCGCGUGUCUCAUGUGUUCAUGCCGUAGUAAGUGAAGCUUAUAGCCACCAUGCUAUCUCUCUAUAUAUCCCAACCCCUACCAUCUCUGCUGACCCCACAACUCUUCCUCCCUUUGUACAGUAAUGUAAAAAUAUAUAAUCGGACUGUGUGUGUAUGUGUGUGUUUACCUUUGCUUUUAUUUUUUGGGGUGUGUUUUUUGCUGGUUGAGGGAGGGCGGGCAUUGUUUCAUUUUGAUUUUGAUUUGUCAUUUUUCUUGUAGUGUACUGUAGAUGACGUCAGGUGUAUUGUGUACUCUAUGUGUAGUGGAUUAGCUCUUACUGCUAAACCUGCAUGUAGCGCAGGAGCUAGUGUCAGUAUUGAUGUCGAUGUACCUCUAAUCUCAGAACUAGCCGAGUCCUAUUCUGCUAAUAAUAUACAGACUAUCUUUUACCGAGAAAAAAAAAACAAAACCUUUUUUUUACUAAAAGAAGAGAAAGAAAAGUACAUAUUUUAUCUUCAGAUUUUAAUCAUUGUUUACCAUGUUCAAUGACUACUUUGUUUAUGAAGGCGUAUUCAUAGAAAAAAAAACCACACAAGCUCAUAAAAAGCAUUUUCAAACAAAAAGCUUUGGAUCCAAACUUGAACUACAGAAGAAUGGUUAGUUUUUAGGGUGAGCUCUGGUGUAGAUGGCGGCUGCAGCUACAUGACGAUGAAUAUAAAGCUCUAUUUUACACAGUGCAGUGCCAACAGUCAUACAUCGCUGCUUACCUUUAAUAUCAGUCAGUGGCCCUUUAUCCAAACAGUUCGGCUUUUUCUGUCUGAACUUUACAACAUGCUCAAAAACAAGCACCACAAUGACUCUGUAACCAAGAACUAAAUAGCAUCAGGACCCUUAACUCACAGUCACCAUCACUUUUAAUGCAGAUCUGAUACAUAACAUUAGAGUAUGAUCCUGUUGUAUCACAUGGAAUUAUCUGGAUUCUAAAAGAGUAAUUUGGUCCUCCAUAUAAGCUGAAAACAACACAAAUAUUAGACCCAUGUCCUAAAUAUUGAUAUAAUUUUACUGAUAAGUAUCAUCAUACACUUUGGUGUUUGUGCAGAAAGUCAUUACUGUUGAAGAACGUGAACUAAAUGAAGGCUCGGACCAUUUUCUACAGAAAUAUGAAGCACAACUCUUCUUUAAAACAAAACUGUGAUUUCACCUCAUUACCUCUCAAAUGACUUACUACUGCGCAUAGAAGCAUAAUCUCACGUUUCAGCACUUUAUGUUUAUUUUUAAAAGCAACUGGAGAAAAAAAGAGAAUUUACACUUCCAUUCAAAAGAAAAUCAAUAACGUAAAUGUCCAGGUGUCAGUGGACAAACUUUGUGUUGUUGUCGCUUUGCCAAUGUAACUGUUGGACUGUUGGAGGCGUGGAGAGGAAAAGCACAAGUGAGAAAUGAGAACUCAGUUCUUCUCUAUCAUAUCUAUCUGUCUUAUCUAUCUAACCAUGUCUGUUCUUGUUCUUCAACCUUUAGGGCCAAAAUCCAUUGAAAUGUCUUAGUCCUGUCCGCUGUAUAUCGUAAACUGUUGAAUUACAAAAUGAUAAAUAAAAUCUAUUUUAAAGAUCA